AUGAUUCAAACGCAAAGUACAGCGAUUAAACGGCGUAACUCUGUCCACAAAAACCUCUUUGAUCCAUCACUAUAUCAAAUACCAGAACCACCACGUGGGAGUUUCCAAAACCAAAAAAAAGAAUACAAUAAGGAGUUUGGUAAUCACCUCUUUGGACAAGAUCUUACUAGCCUUAAGGAGAGUUUUAUACAACUAUUUCCUAGUAAUAUACAAGGAUACUUACCUGAAAUUGACCUAAGAGUAACUAUAAUCUGUUCUAUAUGGUACGUCACGUCAUCUAUUUCAAGUAACUUAUCCAAAACUAUUUUAAGAACUUUCAAUCAUCCUAUAGCUCUCACUGAAUUGCAAUUUCUUGUUAGCGCUAUCCUAUGUGUAGGAUUUGCUUCCAUCGUAAAUUUGUUCCGAUUACCUCGUUUGAAACAUACCAAGUUUUCGAAAACACUGAAUAAUUUCCCUGAUGGAAUCCUUCCGGAGUAUCUCGAUGGCAAUUUCCGGAGUUCUAUCCUGCGCAAGUUUUUAGUUCCCUCAAAGUUGGUUUUGAUGACCACUUUUCCUAUGGGAAUAUUCCAGUUUAUUGGUCAUAUCACGUCGCAUAAGGCAGUAUCCAUGAUACCAGUAUCACUGGUGCAUUCCGUGAAGGCACUAUCCCCAAUAAUAACAGUUGGAUACUAUAAAUUUUUUGAACGUCGUUAUUACAAUUCCAUGACAUAUUAUACCCUGCUACUUUUGAUUUUUGGUGUUAUGACUACUUGCUGGUCAAGUCAUGGUAAUAAGAGGACUUCAGAUAACAAAAGUGGUUCUUCAUUAAUCGGGUUGCUUUUUGCCUUUAUUUCCAUGAUAAUAUUUGUAACACAGAAUAUCUUUGCCAAGAAUAUCCUAACCAUUAGGAGGAAGGUAGGAAUACUACCGUCUUCUUCUACCGAAGACGUCACGUCGAAAGAAGAACAGCCAGGUCUAGACAAAACAAGAUUCUCACCAUUGCAAGUGGAUAAGAUUACCAUAUUGUUUUACUGCUCGUGCAUUGGGUUCUUGUUAACCCUAUUACCCUUUUUGACCGGUGAAUUAGUGCAUGGUAGUAGUGUUAUCAACGAUUUAACGCUGAAAACAGUAUACCUCGUAGUAAUCCAUGGUAUAGCACAUUUUUUCCAGGCCAUGCUUGCUUUUCAGUUGAUAGGAUUACUUUCUUCCAUUAACUAUUCGGUAGCAAACAUCAUGAAGAGGAUUGUCGUUAUAUCCGUGGCACUCUUCUGGGAAACAAAGGUAAACUUCCUACAAGUGUUCGGUGUUAUCUUAACGAUUGCUGGGUUGUACGGUUAUGAUAAAUGGGGGCUUUCCAAAAAGGAUGGACGUCAGGCAUAG